UACAUUUUAGUGAUUCCAUUCUUCAGAUGUGGUUUAACAACAGCAGGAGGCGAUAACUGUGUGUUUACAGUUCACCAUAGAAGUAGAAGAAGGUCCACGUUUUGCAGAAUGCUGCCAUCUGUUGACUACUAUUUAUAGUGUUCAUCUAACCGUUUGUAUUGUGAUGUACACGCUAACUUAACCUGCAAAAAUGAAAAGGUCUAAUAAUCUACCGUUCAACAUUCCAGCAGUAGCUAAAGGAGCCCCAUCAUAUACACAUCAACAUGAACCCCGACGCAGCUUCUCUAUCUGGAAUCCUCACAAAACAAGCCAAAAACCGACCACCACCAGACGUCAGAGAAGGUAUGAUACACAUCCAGAUGAAGGCAGCUGCAGACAACUCAAACAUCCAUCGGGUUUCCACCUCUACUGCUAAGACGGUACCAGCUCAGGCUCGUGGAGGAAAAGCUCCUGUUAGUAAAUGGAAAUCUUCAUUCAGACCAAUAGGAGAUGCAGAACAGGAAGAUGAUAAUUCUCAGGAACAAAGCACAACCAGUCCAGAGAGGGUUGAGCUGUAUGACCCCUAUGAUACUGUCCUGUCUGAUUCUGACGACAACCGCUCUCCACUCAGUAACGAAGACAUCCAAGAAACCCAACAUUUGUCUCCAGGUAGAGAGUGUCUUGACAGCCACCACUGGGACUCCUCUUACUCUGAGCCUGGGAACCGAGUCACAGACAGACGUGAAUUUAGCCCCGAAGUCUCAGAGAGUCCAUUAGAGAGUCGAGGUCCCAGUCUGGGUCAUCACCAGGUGUUCAGUCCAGAAACCGCAUCACCUGACGGACCAGAUUAUGGCUCCACCAGUAGACCUUUAGACCACAGGGGCCACAGCUCUGACAGACAUAUCCAUAGCUCAUCCACCCAACGGUUUUCUGGACCUUAUGGAGGACAGACGACCGACGGACCAGAAUACAGAGCAGAGAUAGGUACGUCUGUUAGAUUAUCACCACCAAGGGUACAUCACAACUACAAACAUCAUUCAGGCCUGGACCAAAUUAUACCAGUGACAAGAAAGGAGAACAAGAGUAUAAUAAUGGACAGGGAACCUAUCAGCUGUGACCUUUGUGAUGUGGAACUGGCCAAUGGGCAGGAACUGGAGGAUCAUCUAGAGACCAAGACUCACUGGGACACACUGGAACUCAUCCAGCAGCACAACAACUAUGAUGAUAUCACCAUAGCUUUUCUACAGGAUGUUAUGCUGUAUAAAGGCCAUAAUUGCAGCCGGGCCAUAGAGGAAAGUGCUCUUCAAGCUCUGCAGGAAAACGACCACAUGACGAAGGUUGAAAUGUUCCACUGUGCAGCUUGUAACACCUUCGUAUCCACUUCUGCACUGUCGGUGCAGAGUCACAUCACUUCUCAGGAACAUCUCAGCAACACAAAGGAGUUUGAAGUGCAGCAGAGACGUACUUGCCUUGAUAAAGCAAAGACCAUGAUGGAGAAGCUGCAACCUCAGUUUGAAGACUUCAAACAGGGUAUCAGCCUGUUCAACUGAAAUCGACACCGUGGAAAUUCGACCAGACAAUAUUAAAAUCACCACAGAUAAACCUACUCAUGUACAGCCUGUUACAAAAAACAUUAGGUUUUCUAAGUUUAUAUACAAUAUAUUGUAUCAUUUCCUUGUCAUUUUAUACCUUUUUUAUGUUUUUAUGUGUGCAGAAAUGAUCAGAAGUGAAGUCAAUUUUCUUUGCCUUUUUAUUUAGAACAACACAAAUGUUUUAAGCAUUAUCUGUGAUAUAGUACAUUUAAAAUUAAAUUAUUUCAAAACAGUAUAUUUAAAACAUUAAAUAUAGGUGACAUGUAUGAAGGGCGUCAUCAGCACUGGCUGUGCGUGUAGGAUUUUUUUUCUUAACCACCUUCAGUUUAAAUUUUGGGUUUGUAUUAGAAACAAUGCAGUUACGGAAAUACUAUUAAACACUUUCUAUGCAUAA